AUGGAGCAUUUAUACCAAAUCAUUGACUGCGAUACUGCAGAGCCAGCUUUUGGUUGCGACCCGUCAAUCCUGAUCCCCAAACAGAUCAAAUUGAAUAAUACCUUCUUCCCGGAGUCGCAGUCGGGAGAUAACCUUGGGGUUUUAAUGCACAAAGUCUCCGUCCCGCCGGUCUAUAUUAGCCCUCAAUAUCUUCGAUAUGUCCAAAGCGUCAGCAAACAUCUAUAUACCGCCAUCACAGAUAUCGUGUCGAGGUGGUGGGAAGAAUCGGAUCUUUCGAGCACAAUACCACUUGACCCUAAAUUUGAGAGGCUCCUCAGGCGACUCGAUCAUGAGGGAGUCACUUGGCGUAGCGGUAGCUGGCGCCCGGACUUCCUUGUUGAAGAAAACACGGAAGCGGCGUAUCCCAGAAUAAAAAUUUGCGAAAUCAAUGCGAGAUUCGGGUUCAAUGGGUUCUUUUGCACACUUGGCAUGGCCAAUGGGUUUUAUAGAGAUGAUACCUCCCGGUUCCAGCCGGCUUUUUCACAGUUUGACGACGUAUUCGGCCAUGUAUUCGACCUCACGAAACCGCUACACGUCCUGAAGGGGAGAGAGCUUGGAUAUGAUAUCCACCACCUUCCCAAGGUUCUUGGCACCGAAGUAAUUUUCGCCGAUAUUUCCCAGCUACGAAUAAUCCCCACCGAUGCCGGAAAUAGAUUGAUACAAGUUGUCGACGGGAGCGAAAUCGAAGUCUCGCAAAUCGUGCUUGAAUUGCACCAAGAUGAGCUUCUUUCCCUCUCUGAGCCUCUGCUAUGGGAGAUCUCGAUUCGGUCUCGGAUCAAUGAUAUGCGAACAAUAAUGCUAGUGCACGACAAGAGGAUGCUAGGUGUAGUCCGUCAUCAGCUUGUGAAUCUUGUCACCCGAAACGUUCUCUCCAUCCAAGCUGCCGCUCUUCUGGAAAACUCAAUUGCGGAGACAUGCCUCCCUGGUACACUUGAAUAUCAGGCUGCUUCGAGUAGCGAUAGAUCGCAGCAAUGGCUUUUUAAGCCAGCUGGUAGCGGAAAGGGUGCUGGGAUAAUAUUCCGCCAAGAUAUUCCGGAAGAAGAAUGGCAGACCCUCCUUUCGACGACUAAGCUUUCCCACGUUCUCCAGCGUGCGGUUAAUCACAAAACCAUGAAUCUCGUCAUGCCUGUUGAAGGGUCAAUGACAACAGUUCCAUGGGAUAUCGUGGGGACCUUCUUUAUGGUUGAUGGGUAUUUCAACGGAUUUGGCCCAUGGAGGUCAUCAGCAGAGAAGAUCUGCGCCUUAUCCAGGGGUGGUAGCUGGAUGAUGGGUGUUUGUGAUAGGGACUGUCUUCCCUUCCCAAUGCACCCCAAGCCUAUCGAAGCUCGUCGUCCAUCGAGGACCGUUUCGGAACACAGCGCCGAUUUGAUGGUCUUCCCACCCAAGAUUAUCGACGCGUAUUCUCCUUCCUGCGGUGCUGCUGCCAGGCAUGUUUCGGAGGUACAUCGGUCGCUGGAGGAAAACGGGGUAGCGCUUGUUCGCCUCAAUUUUUCCGACCCGCAAUCGGAUUAUCUUGUUUCGUUAGUUAGAGAUGGCUUGCACCCGACGCAUGGUCAUGGUCUUCCGGUAGACCAUUCGCAGAAAAAGGGUUGGUUGUGGGAUGUCAAACCGAUCCACGGCAAGGUCCACAGCGCAAACGAUCCUCUCGCUAGAAGUGAGACAAUGCAUGUUUUUCCUUGGCACACUGACUGCUCGUUUGAAGCGAACCCACCCCGCCACUUCGCCUUACACGUCCUCCAUGCCGAUAGAUAUGGUGGCGGCUCAUUGUCGCUUGUUAGAACUAGCGAUAUUGUACAGGAGCUUUGUGAGGAGACAAUUAGCAGGUUAAGCAUGCCAGAGUUUGUCUUUGCGGUUCCAGAUGAGUUUGACAAAGGAACUUCUCAAACCCUGGUCGGAGCGUUGCUUGAUAUGAGUGAUGGAGAACCGAAACUUCGAUUCCGUCGCGACAUUAUUAGUCCUUUGACGAAACAAGCAGAGUUGGCACUUGAGGAACUUGACAAGAUCCUUGAUGAGUGCCAAUCGUCUUCGGGAAGGUCUUUGAGGAAAGUCAUGAGGGCCGAAGAUUUGCCCGAUGGUAUGGUCAUCGUGGUUGAUAACGCGAAAUGGCUACACGCCCGCAACCAAGUCAACGAUCCAGAUAGGCAUCUUCGCCGUGUUCGUUGGAACGCACAACCUUUCCCCGCGGCCGCUUGA